AUGUCGAAAAAAACAAUUGUUAACACGACAACUAAUCUUAUAUUAAAUAUUCAUGUACGUCCAAAUGCAAAAAUCAAUGCCAUACGUGAAAUAAAUUCUAAUAAUGAUAUACGUAUCGAUAUAGCUGCGGAUGCACAAGAUGGUAAAGCAAAUCAUGAAUUAAUUAAUUAUAUUAAAAAUAUAUUAAAAAUUUCUUCAAAUCAAUUAGAAAUUAUACAUGGACAUAAACAACGUGAUAAAAUUUUACGUAUAUUAACAACAACAAAUGAAAAUCAGAAUGAUUUAAUUGAACGUCUUCGAAAUGAAACUAUAUCGAAAUAA